GUAAAUUACGACUGGGCCACGUAAGACUAUAUUAUAAUUGUUUAUUGGUUUGAUUGAUAUCGUCAAAGUGAUGACCAUUCAUCGACCGCAAGCGAGAUAAAUCCAGAAAGAAAUCAAUAUUAAACAGAAGUAGACAUAUGAAAUACAAUUUAUAAGAUGCUUUAUGUCAUUACAUCAGUCUGACCUAAAAAGAUGACGAUUCAGUUUAGACAGAAUAAACAAAACACCAAUGGAUGAUAACAAAUGCAGUUUCCGUGCAACACCAUUGCCAUCUGCACAGGAAGAUAAUACACAAGAAGAUGACUCUGAAGAACGUGAUGUCAUCAACAAGUUACUACAAUGCAGUGAGAUUGAGGAUCAACUUCUACAGAUAAUACAUUGUCAAGAAUGGACAGAAGCUGUCAAUGGUUGGAAACCAACCAUUCCAAAUCCCACAUAUGCAACCCACACCUGUACCCCUCAGCAGGAGGUAAAUGCAAAUAAGCGCCAUGAUAGGGAAAGUAAAAAGGAAAAACAAACCCACAAAAAAAGUCUCUAUCAAGAAUCUCUAUGGAGGAGUAAGAUAGAGCCUGGGACGUAUCGCUAUAAUCCAAAUCACACAUGGCAAUUUCAGGGAUCUAAUUCAAAACACUACACAAACAUUAAAAAACGACCAACAGAUCCUCAGUUGAUAGAACAUAUAGAAAGGGUUCGUGAACAUCUCGAGAAAACACUGAUAAAGAAAGACAGCGAGUUGCCAGUAUACGAAGGAACUAAAGCAAGCCAGAACCAGUUUACUACGAAUUCCAUCCAUAAUUUUAUCUCACAUUUAUCAGAGCAUAACAAGAAAAACUUUGAAAAAACUCCGCUGCGUCUUUCACAAAGUUUAACAGAUUUGAAGAAUUGUAAUUUGGUUGAUAAACCUUCGCUUUCGCAGUCACCUCAAAAGGUUAAUCAAAAGUUAUUAAGAGAAACAGAGCCUUGGCCUCCAAGCUCCUACAAUGUUGUAAAUGCUGGAGGAGACAGUCCACAAAUUGAAACCCCUCAACUGCCGUUUGUCACAGUUGUAUCAAAGAAACCUAAUAGCCAUUCAUACAUAAUAACAACUGAAGGAGACAGGGAACAACAUGAAGUUAGCCUACUUGCUGAGAAUCCAUCAAAUGGCAUUUGUCACGAUGACAAGAACAACAAUGUCAGGAGGCUUAAGAACUUAGAGAGGCAUAGUAGUGCGGGUAAGCUGCAAUCAAGUAAGCUGGCUUCUAGAAGUUUUGAGAAAUUUCCUGCUCAAACAUUAUUUCACCAAGAUCAGCACCUAAAUCCAUUAACAAAACUUACCCCUUCUUUGAGAAAAGUCUCCGACGAUAACGAGGUCAUUAUGGUUCAUCUGAAUGGCAGUCGAUGCGAUGCUUCUCCGUCAUCUGCACCAGCAUCAGUGACAACUCAUGGACGUAAUCGCACACCAGUUGAAAAGGAUUCAUUGCAACAUUAUUAUUUGAAAGUAGAUGCACCAAAUAAGAACUUCAUUCGUACUGGAAUUAGCGGUAAGUCAGUGUCACCAGCGAACCAACGUAAACUUAAUGGAAAGUCUUCUAAAUUAGCACCAAAGGCUACAAGCAUUAAGCAACAGGCUAAAAAGACAUUUGGACCCACUAAUCAUAGACUUGCAAGCCUCGGAAGGCCUACUGAGUAUGCCACCAACCCUCUGGAUACCCUUCACAGAGGGGCAUUUGAAAGAGACACAGCAACUGCUAUUGCCUCUGAGAUUCUUCCAGGUAUCAGUGGUCGUAAAGUUGGUGUGCCAGUACUUAGUCAUCGUAUCUUGUAAGAAUUGCUUAUUUUUCAACUCAUGAUAGUAUAAUAGUGUACAAUCUUGUCUGUUGAGUCUUCCAACCAACAGGAUCCCCACAUACUUCUUUCAGGGUGUUCUACUUCUAACAAAUUUCUCUAGAAUUUGUACAAAUCUCAGGGCUUUUAAAUCUGUUAUCAGCAAACUUCUUCUAACCUCUUGCACUUAAUUGUUCCAUUGUAGUGGAACCCAGCUAUAGGGUCUUCUCUUUGCCCUAUACAAUAUGCAGCUUCUUCAAAAUGAAUAGGCUUGUGCUCAUUUUUAAGAAGCCGGGAAUGUCUUCUAGUCAAUCCCUUUAGCAGUAAUAAUUGAAGCUUAUUGCUGUCCUUACAAUGUUGCUGAAGUGCAUAGACUCUAGAAAAUCCACUAUUAAACUCUGCAUUGCAUAAGCAUAAUUUUAUCAUUUACAUUUAAAAUAUGAAUAUUCUGUAUAAAGGGUAGUAUUACCAAGCUAUCUCGUGAAUAAUUAAGUAUUCCCAUCUGCAGAAUGCAGUUAGUGUAAUUAGGUAGGAUGUAACAGUUUAAUAUUUCAUCAUAAUUACUAAUUAUUUCUCAUAAAAGGAGAAGUAUGCUGUACAUUUAACAUAAGUACAAACUGUUUGAAAACUUUGUUGAUUAAAUAUAGGCCUACACUAGUAUAACAAGAUAUAUAAGUAUGUUUUAUAAACCAGACUGGCUAAAAAAUAUCAAUUCUGAAUAAAAAUACUCAUGUUGCAUACAUUUCUCAAGUAUUUCUGUGGCAUAGGUACUUAACAGUAAGCUAUUGUAUUUGUAAAUUAUGACCACAUGCUGAGUUUAAUGAUGCAUACAUAUUGAUUGAUUGAUUGAUAGAAAUAAUUUCAAUGAAUUGUUAUAAUGCACAUUAAUGAAUUACUUCCUCCUUGUUCUAAGAUUAAAGUAACUGAAACUCUCUCUGUUUUUAAAAGAUCUUCCUUUGCGACUAUGUAGAAUGAUUGUGUCUGCUUGAUGUUUAUAUUUGUAUUGUAUUUGGUAUUAACAUAAAGUGCUCUGAAGUUUUAUUAGCCAUUGUUGUACCUAAAAAAGUUACAAUACCAACACACAAAUAGAUCCACCAGUCACCCCAUAAAUUUUGUUUUUAAUGGCUAAUACAAUGUAGUCCUGAUACAAUGACAAGUACUUUAUUCAGUUUCUUUUAUCCCACGGUCACCCUUUGAAACUACUGUAGUUGCAAGCUUUGACCUUUUACCUAUGACUGUAUACAUUAUAAAAUGCCUUUCAAAUAUUGUAUCUCAUUUGUAACGCACACCUUAUAGUGACCUUCUGUGUGUGAUUGUCCUUUAAAACGAACGUAUGUAUUUCAAUGCUCUGAAUUUUAGUGUCAAUCAAACUUAACAGCUGGUGUUGGCGUAAGUUUACGCUGUCGUAUUAUGGGCGGGACUUACCGGAAAGCUCAUGAGUUUAUUAUAAUUGCUGGCGUUAAUUCAUUUUUCACAUUAAAAAAUGUUUUAUUUAAUGUCAUUGCGUAUUGAGCUACGUAAUAAUACAAGUUAUACAGUAAUUAACUGUACAUAUGUGUAAAUAUUUAUAAAAUGCAUGGUGUUUGUGUACAAUUAUACAGUUGUGCUUGCCUAAGUCAAAUCCAAAAUUGCAUUGAAAAGCUAUUCAACUUGGAUAAAAUUUGACUUACAGAUUGUUAAUUAUGGAAAGCACAACAAUUUAGCAUGUUAAAUAAGAUCGAAUUAGAAAUUAUUCAAGUUAAGAUAAACUGUACUGUAGUUAUCACAUGCAUCCUACAGUUUUUAUGGUAUGAAGAUAUUGCACAGUACAUCCACUCCAUGCUGGUAGUAAUGUACACAAGUGUAAAAUGCCUUACAAGCCCCUACACAGCAUUCUUAAAGGGGGGUGGGGGGUAGUUUCUUAUUUUCACAAAAGGGCACUUUGGGUCCACCUCCACAUCUGCCCCACCAUGGUUGGGUUAAAUGUAAAGAUAUAACACCUCAGAUGUCCAGAAAUGGCAAUAAAAAUUUCCAAAUUUCAAAUAUUUGGAGUUAAUAUCAAACACUUUCAUCAUGCAAAUGGUACUUUUUAGUAAUGAUAUAAAAGGGCAUUUCAGGAAAAGAGGUGUUCUUUUAAACCCCUCGAAUCCCCUGGCUACGGGCUUGCCUUAUACUCUAUUAUAUAUGCAAAGAGCUACAUAGAUAGUUAACAGUUGAAUUAUUUUUAUAGGGAAUUGAUUCAGUGACCUAAAGUUUCAAUUUCAGUCAAGUUCAUAUCUUUACUUAAAUUGGACCAUACAGUAAGCUGGUGUGUUCUGAAAUACUUUAUUAGGGUGGGUGGGUGUUGAAAAAUAUAGGGAAUAAAAAUACUUCUAGAUUCGGGCUCGGAUACAAAAGGUGUUUUGAGAGAUAGAGAUAAAAAAAAUAGAUUAGACUAAAAAUAUUGAAUUUUGGACUAUAUUAGUAUUCUUAGUUAUAAAAUAGAAAUAUUCCUUAAUAGAAACACUAUAUAAUAAAUUGUCAAUGGUUUUAUACAUUUGUGGAAUGCAGCUUUCAUAUUUCAGCAAGAUGAGCGAAAUCCAAUUUGACGGGGGUGGGAAUAAAAACAAGUUCACCUCCUUUCAUAGGGGGACAAAUUUAUAAAGCUUUUUUCAGCCGUCUUCGCCAAAUUAUUCCAGACCACUCCCAUGAAAUGUCAUGUGUAUGUUCAUGUUGCACGGUUACUGGUAUUGUACAUUGUGUUAAAUUAAAUAUGUUCAGCGUUAAAAUUUAAAGGCAAUACUGUAAAUGAGCCAGUUGUUUCAUUCAGUGUUUAAUGUAUGUAAGCCAGCUGCGAAGUAUUUUAAAAGAAAUUAACUAGUGGGCUUUAUAUAGCAAGAAUAGUUUGAUAAGUAUUUCUUAUUGUAUUUCAUAUUGCAACAUUCUAUUAAAGUUAUUAUCAAUUAA